AUGAAAUUUGAAGAUGUUUAUGAGGUAAAGGAACUAAUUGGAAAGGGAUCUUUCGCGGAGGUAAAGAAAUGUGUUCAUCGGAAAACGCUACAGCUGUUUGCAGUCAAAGAAAUCCACUACAUCAAUGCAGAGGAGAGAGAGAAAGUCGAAAAGGAGUCGGAGGUUUGUAUGCUUUGAUAUUGGCCCAGUGGAGAAGGGAUUUAGCAAAAGGUAUCGAGUUAAGGGCGAUGCUUUGAAAGUAAAACGCGCGGUUUUUAUGGUUGAGUGAGUGCAUCGCAAAAACGAUUGAUCAGUAAGCCCUGGCUAAAGGGUAGCUGGUCGUAGUGAGAAUAAAUUUAAUCAGUGUUCAGGGCUGUGAAAACAUCAUGCUGCAUAGAUUACUUGUCUGCGGACUUAGAGCGUCUGUAAUUAAACAAAUCCACUUAAAGGAGUCAUUUUGAUCACGGUUAUGUUUGUUUUCAAACCAAUUCUUCUAUAACUUAGUGCUGUAACCGUAAGUUUCUGAUUUCAGUUGGCAAUAAAUGUUAGACUAUUAUAUGAAAGGAAAAGUAUUUUUUUCUCAAUACUCUGGAUCGUUCUAUAUAAUUUGAAUAUUUCUUAAUAAUCAACGGUUAUGUGGCUUAUCAUAUAUUUUAACAUCAACCAAUAGUCUUAAAAGGAAGUCCUGCUUCAUUACUUCUAGCAAUGACAUGAACCAAAACCUGCACCCAGAACUGACUCGCGAUUACUUGUGAUUACAAAACAAACUGAACUGCUAAGAAAAUACAGCUUUAUAGUGUCAUCAGCAUUUCGGCUAUAAUUUAAACUUUAGGUUAAUUUACUGAGUUGUCUUUCAAUGUAUAUGAUAUCUCGGGUUAGUAUCCAUGAAUUCGUUAUUCAAAUAACAAUAUAAUUAAACAUGCGUUUUAAAAACUAAUUAUGUAGAAUCUGGUAGGCUUAAAUUUGGGGCCUUAAAAACCCUAUGUUAUAAGAAACAAGUUCUUAUUUUGAAAUAAAAAUACACACUUCAGCAUGAAAGAAAACUUAAAGUUUAUAAGGCAAUCACCAAAUUUACUGUACAGUAUAAAACAUUUAUGUGCUUUCUGGACUCAAAAUCUUUUUCUCUACUUAGCACUAAGGUUUGGACCAGCCUAUAUUACGUUUCAAAACACGUUUCUCAUUUUUGGAUUUGAGAUUAUUACCCAAUUAACACGAUACGUUAGCUAAAUUGUUUUACGACUUCCGCCGGGUCUUAAUUGUUUACAAAAUAUAGUCCAAUACUUUGGGUUUGCUAAUACUCUUGUUGCCAAAUUAUCGCUCAAUAAAAAUACUUUUUUUCACGGCACAAACACAAUUAACAAUGUGAUCAUUAUGCGUCUUUUUUCUACUUCAAAAAUGGUUUUGGCUUUUUGAUUUCCAAUACAAAGAGACCUCUUGACCGUUGCGCUGCUUUUCAAAGUAGUGUUAAUGGUCUACUAUCUCAUCAGCAUGUAAAGCCGGUUAAUGAAAAAUUUUUUUCGAUCGAGCGGGUAGUUAAAAUCGGUCUGGAACUGUUUUUUUUUUUUCAAUAAAAUUACCGUAAAAACCCGAGACUACUCAAGGACUUGGAUUUUCCAUGUUACUCAUAAACAGGUUCUUACAUAAAUUUUAAUUAGCACAAAUUUUUUAGGCUGUUUAGGGUCUUCAAGAGGUUCUUACUUUCAGGAACAUAAACUCAGCUCAUUUCUUAAAAUAAAACCUGAAACCAUUACAACUACAGUUGGAGAGAUAAGGCACUGUGUCUCCAAAGAGGAUCCUGAAUGUUGACAUANUCAGAAGUUUAUAUAGUUCACAAUUUAGAAUUCACCUGUCAUGUUUAAAGAUGAAUAUUAGCUAAGUCAUGAGCACGUUAUAAAAGGAAAAAUAUAAAAGCGUUAAAACAAAGCUUUCUCGAUAUAAAUUGAAAUGCACACAUUCGCCAGUGUGACAGACUUCCGUUUUUUAAAUAAAGUUGUGUUAGAACAAAUUGAGAUUGCAAAUGCUAUCAUCUCCCAGCAAAAUGGGCACAUUUAUGUUGUAUGCUUUCAAACUGGCAUUGUUCAAGCAGAUUUGAGUGGUCCCCCCUCUGAAUCCUUCCAAAAUUUUCAGUGAUCCCCCCCUUUUGGGCUCUCAGUUACGACUGAUCCCCCCCUCUGUUCUCUUAAAAAUCAAGUGAUCCCCCCCAAAAUCCUCCGACCCCCCCCCAGGUGAUAAAUAAUGACCGGUCCCUUAGGGUCUUCAAGAGGUUCUUACUUUCAGGAACAUAAACUCAGCUCAUUUCUUAAAAUAAAACCUGAAACCAUUACAACUACAGUUGGAGAGAUAAGGCACUGUGUCUCCAAAGAGGAUCCUGAAUGUUGACAUAUCUUUUUGUCCAAGUUUACAGAAUUUUUUUUUUUAAAGAUUUUAGAAAAUAAGAACCUGUUUCAAAUUUUAGGCGAAACGGGUUUUUGUAUAGACGAGGCCUAACUAGCAAAUUUUUCCCAACAGGUUAUUAAAAACCAGGUUAGUUCUUAGUGGCGGGUUUUACUGUACUCUUUGCCCAAAUUACAUUUAUGGAUUACUUUUACUGUCAUUACAGUGAUAUUAAUAUGGCAGGGACCAAUAUGAGGUCUCAACGAAGAAAACUUUGUUCCCGGAACAAAUGAUUUCGGAUACCCAUGAAUGGAAUGCUUGCUCUGUUCCAGGCUUUCUUUUCGUUCGUUAUAACACGGAGAAGUACAAACAUGCUUCGCGAUCUUGUGACAUUUAAUUUUUCUUUGCUUCGGGGCAGGGGUUUCUUUCCCUUUGUGAUAUUUGGCUUUUGUUGUCUCAGUGUAUAUUAAACCACUUGCUUGAUCAGAUGCUGGACAUAAGCUAGCCUGCGUGGCAGGCGUUCGAAAGGGAAGGGGAAGGGAAUUAGAGCGCCUUAGACAUAAGCAUGAAUAAUUCUUCGCUGCAUUUUCUCUUUCUUUCCCUGUCUGGAAUUCCUAGCUGUUCCAAAUGGCCUGUCAACAUUGAUCCCAAUGCCCCAACUUUAUACCACUGGUCCAGUGGUGCUUCAAUAUAACGAAGACCCAGGGGACUGACAAUUAAUAUGUUUGUUAUAAUAUAACGAGGUUUCGAUAUAUCGAAUUUUGUUUUUCAUAUCACUAUUUUUCUAUUACUGGGGUUAAAAAAAUAGUUCGUUAUACCGAGGACUUUGCUAUAUAGAGGUUUUUUACAUGAGGCAGAGAUUUAGGUUCCACUGUACAACUCUGGUCUUUGUAUCCCACAAACUCUUAAACUAUCUUGCCAGGACUUGAUACUUCACUUGCUCUUCCAUUCCUAUGGUCGUUUUCACACCUGUUAGCCGAUGGUUGCCAGGCAACAAAUGGUUGCUUAAGGUGACCCAUGGUAAAGCAAGACUCCCCGAUGACAUAUUUCUCAGCGAUCCAACACCUUUAUUGGAAUUCUUGAGGUGCCCAUAAUACCACAGGUGUAGCCACGCCAAUGAUGAUAGUGAUAAUAAUGAUGAAGAUGAUGACGAUUUAUUAUGAUUUAUUAUGAUUAUUAUUACUACUACUUUAUGGCCGGGGACUAUAUUCCUGAGCCGAGUUGUUCAAAGCUGGGUUAAGAUAACCCAGAGUUAGUGCGAGAUUUGGAUUCAGAUUUGAAAGCUUAAAAAGCAUUUCAGUUUUAAUUCCUUUUGUCUACAUGUUGAUGAUUAGAAGCUCUAAAAAUAACAGAGAAAAUUAUCCGAGAAAAUUCUUUUGAACAUAAGAAAAAGGAAACCCGGGUUAAAUUUAACCCCGGGUUAAGCGCUAAUCGAUCUUCGAACAACUGGGCCCUGGACACUACUUAUGAAACUAUAUCAUACUUAUAAGUAUGAUGAGGCAGUGUAUUCAAUGUUUUAGUGAAUAGUCUGAAAGCUUUCAGUACAAAACUCACAUAUUUGUAGCUUUUAAACAUAAAGCUGCUCAGUGACGUGAAUAUCGUCUGCUUUACCUGCUUUACCUGCAGAUUCUGGAAAGGCUUGAUCACAUGAGCAUAGUUCGUCUGGAGCAGGUGUUUUAUGCUGAAGGCAAAGUGCUAAUGGUGUUAGAGUAUCUUCCUGGCGGGGAUUUGUUUGACGGCCUGGUGUCGAGACCUUAUUACAGCGAGAAAGAUGCAUGCGCAUGUGCUCGACAAAUCAUAAUGGCAUUAAACUACCUCGCUAGAAAGGGAGUCAUUCACAGGGUAAGAAAAUAAUAAAUCAUAGCUAAAAAUUACUUUAUCAUUAUCGUAAUUAUGGUUGCAAUGAGGUGCACGAGAUUUUUAUGAGACUUUAGUUCAAACGCUUCACAGAAAUCAUGGAUCUCAGUACGUAGACUGAAGCGUUCCGAACUGCUUCGUUGAAAAAACUUUCGCGAGAGCAAGCCAUCUUUCCACCUUUCGUGUAUCAUCACGGGCUCAGUUUCGUAAAGCAAAUCGCUCCCAAAUUGAUGCGCCUGUAUGGUUCAACUGGAUAAAACCGGUUUUAGAACCUGUUUAUCGCGUGUCUACCUCCAAGAUUUUGGAGGUGUCUAAAGAGCAUGCUCAUCGAAAACCAUAAGCGGCUUGCUGCAGAGGUUUCUCAACGGAGUGUAAACAAAAAGGGAGCUUAACAUGCCACUACGGCCACGGCAACGAGAACGUCAAAAAGCAAUUGGUUAAGAUUAGCAAAACAGCACUGCACGUGCACAGUCACGCUUUUUUUUACAUUUUAUUACCGUCACUGCACGACCACGACGUGAGUUGCCUAAUUUCACGUUUUAUCGACAACGUGAACAUACGACGACGAAUCUCUCUUACUCUUUUUGUAAACUUGGAAAUAUUUUUUGUAAGAAUUCAACUCCAGGAGAUUUCGCGUACAUAAAACAUAGUGACCGAAUUGGGAUAAUCUCGCUAAAGUUUCAUAGAUCGCGAAAUCACUUUUUAAACUUCGUUUUUGCCGCCGUCGCCGUCGUGGUAUCUUAAAAGCAGGGCGGAUAAAGGUUGCGCGGUGAAACGAGCGCGUCCGAGCAAAAAGGUGUGAUGCAGUGGACUGGGACUCUGCUUACAAAUGUCGCUUGUUUUCGACUUCUUGCGAUGUGGUUUGUCCCGGUUUGUCCAUUAGACACUGCCGCUGUCACUUAAUUAUGGCGGCUUGAUUUGUUUUCUUGUACUUCUUCCUCGUUCCUUUGUGCUGGUACGCUGUCUCCGAGAGGCAAAUGUUGCUAUUUUUUGCGGGAGGUUUAGCUGGAGUAGACAAACAUCUCUUUCAAAGGGUUUCUUUUAUUACUUCCAUAACUCUUCCACUGAAUUAUAUUUUCGUUCUGCUACUUGCCAAUGUCGAUGUUAUUCCAAAACAACAACAACCAAGUACUGUCUAAAACACGAAGGAAAAUCUAAUCGAUGUCAUCCAUGACAAAACUAAAAGACAGCAGAUCGUGUUUCAUAACUAGAUGAGGUGUAUUUUAUAAAUGCGUGCAGCUCGUGCAAGGUGAAAUUAUACUAAUUUCAAUCACCAUCAUAUCAUCCUUCUUUUUAAUUUUGAAAAAAACAUCUCAUACGUCUUUCUGUUUCUUCGAAACUUCAAAAUUAGUUUUCCCUCAGUUUUUACUGUUUAUCUUGUUUUGUUUUAGAGAGAAGAACGGAGAAAAAACCUUACAACUAACCUCAAUAAAUUUUGUUUACAUGGGGUUGCCGGAUUUGCGACGCAUUGCUCGAAUCACCGUGGCGCGUUGCACCCAAGAAGCGAAGUUUGAAGCAGUACAACGCCACUAUAUCAAAAUAUAUCAAUCUAAUUUUCUGUUAUGUUAUAUAAAAUUUAUCCCCCUUUAACAUAUGUAAAAAUUGAGGUUGAGAAAUGUUAAGCUUUUGCAAACGAAACGCCGAAAGACAAUUAGGUAAUAUGUAGUGGAAGGAGGAGGUAUUCAACACUUUCAAAUUAAACUCAAAUUUUGGCAUUAUACGACCAAGAAGUUAGACUUAUAGGCAUACAGAUAUAAACAUAUGAAACUGUUUAUUGCUAUUGUUAUGAAAAGAAUUUAUCUAUUUAACAUUGUAGCCUGAAAUUACAGAAAGAAAAUAGGAUUUCCGGUUUGCUAAAAGGAAAAUUUCGCCGGCCUUCAAGCGCACCGGAAGCGCGGAAAGAGCGCUCGUGCCAGUCCUACUCCGCAUCACACAUUAAAUGAAGAGCGGAGCGCUCGUUUCACCGCCCAACAUUUAUCCGCCCUGCUUAAAAGAGAAUAUAAAAAACGACGACGGCGACGUCAACGAGAACGCCAAUAACGCAAUAUAGGUUUAGACUGGCAAAACAAUUGACUUUACGCGUGCAUCACGCUUUUUUGUACAUUUCUUUGCCGUCGUUGCUCGACUACCACGUGAUAGUGUCUAAUUUCACGUUUUGUCGAGGACGGGAACACAAGGCAACAACUUUCCUUUUCUUUUCCUGAACUUUGAUACAGUCCUUUAGAAUUCAACUCCAAAAAAAUUUGCCAACAUUUGACGAAUUAAACGAGAUGGAAUAAGCGCGGCAAAGUUUGAGGCAGCGCAAAUUCACUUUUUAAGUGACGUUUUCGCGGCCGUCGCCGUCAUCGUUGCGUAAGUUCCCUUUUAAACUCCCUAACGGACAACGCGACAGACAAGCCAAGCGAACGUCUUUGUAAAUGCUAAAAGUCAUGCAAGAGAGAAACUUCUACUCGCAGGGUAAUGUGGACAAAACGUUAAAAAAUAAUCGCUCGUCUGCUACAGUGCAGUCACCUAGGCUUGCGUUACUCCUUUUGGUGCCUCACAGUUACAAAGACGAAAACUUUUUGUUUAAACAGCAGUGUACGCUGGUAAACACGAGGGAUUAGAUUUAACAGUAAACUUUUUUUUACAGGACUUAAAGCCAGAAAAUCUUCUGUUAGCCGAGAAGCCUUCGGAAGACCGCCCACCUAUCAUUAAACUCACGGACUUUGGAAUUGCGAAGUCGAUCGAAGGUAACAUUUAAAGUUAUCGGCACACCGUAAUUAUUGCAAUUGUUACAACGAAAGGCGUCAAAGGGGCUUGACUUACUAUUUUUUAGAAUUGAUGUUGCAAAGACAAUGAAAUUUCCUCAGUUAUUUUGUUUUACAGACGAACGUAAAGUGGUUGAUUGUCAUGGUAGUGGAUCACCAAUGUACUUAGCACCAGAAACAAUCUUUGAGAAGCCUGUAGGCUUCGCUGUGGACAUGUGGGCCUGUGGUGUUAUCCUGUAUUUGUUACUUGUAAGUCAUGCCUUUUCUUUCCCCUUCCACUCCCACAAUACGUUGGGCAGCCUGUAUACAGACGCCCUCUCCCCUAAAAAAAAAAAGUCGGGGAGAGGGACUCCCUCUCCCUAAUUUUUUUCUGAGGGGAGGGGAGCGUCUGUACACCGGCUAUUCGUUGGGUACCAGAGGCUUUUCCUCGCCUGCGAGGAGGAGCCUCGUGCGGCCGACACGUCUUCGGCCGAAGACACGAGCGGCGGUCACUUUUUAAGACUUGUGACCGAAACCGGAAAGCGCGCAUGAAAAGCCUCUGGCACCCAGGGUACUCCCAAAAGUAACUAAUGUAAAUAAGACAAAAAUGCACACUACAUGACCAAAUUGCGAAUAUCUGAAAUCUCCAUUUGUUUAUUUAUUUCUCUUAUUUCACUUUUUAGGUUGGCUAUCCUCCCUUCUGGAACGAAAGAAUAGAGAUCCUGUUACUGAGUAUAUUACAGGGAAAUUACACCUUUCCUUCUCCCUACUGGGAUUCAGUAUCUGAAUCAGCCAAGGACUUGAUCAAGAAAAUGGUAGGUUUCAAAAAUAAAGUCAUAAGUUAUUCUCAAAAAAUUUAGGCUAUAUCGGAUGGCUUUUCAUGCCUACGUAAAAAGCUAUAGUGUGGACACCCAACCAUUAUGUGACAUCUCUACUAUUAAUAGGCCACUUCCGAGUUCCAAAAACGCUCACUUUCAAAAUGAGGCCAAGUGCAGUGUUGCAUAAGGUGGGAGAAUAGCCUCUUGAAGACGAAGAAAGCGAGCAGAUCGUCCUUCGGCUUCAGAAUGAGAUGAGGCUGUAUUUGAAUCCAUUGGUCGUUCCUAGUUGUUUAUUUUCAGCGAGCUCGAUGAUUUUUUUUAUUUGUUAAAAUUUAUGGUUCAAACGUCAACACAACAGUCAUCUUCAAGAUUUGCUUCUCAGUCAUCCUUCUUCUGAAACUACACUGUAUCUUUUUUCUUGCAGUUGAAAGUAAAUCCUGAUGAAAGAAUCACCGCUUCUGAAGCCCUACGUCACGACUGGAUUUCCCAAGGAGAUUUUGUCCCUUCUCUCAACAGGAAAACGACGCUUGUUCGACUCACAGCAUUCAACGCUCGGAGAAAACUAAAAGGAGUAGUUUUGGGACUUAUUGCUAGGAAAAGGUAUGGCGGCCUCUUUCAUUCUAAGAACAGCAUCUGACUGCUUUACUGUAACCUCAGUCAUUACCGGUAAUAUCAGUAGAAUAUUAAGGCUGUUCAAGUCAUUUCCAUUCCAUUAGUUUUGCAGCUGCUUGGAUGCUCCCUGGCAAUCUCCUUAUCGAAUUUUGAAUUAAAAUUUGUCCUUACUUUUUAUUAACUAACAAAGAGUGUAUAUUGUGAACAUUGCUAUUAAUAUUAUCCUGUUGUAAUUAGACCGUUAAGACGUUAUUAAAAUAUAGUAAACUGAAUUGAAUUGACGAUAACAAAUUGAUUUUAAGGCUUUUUCAAAGCUACAUUUGACUUAGUUGUGGAUUCUCAAAUGCGCAAGUUUCUUCUGAAAAAUCUUUUCGUAGGUUCUCAACACUAGCUGGUAAUUGAACUCAAGCCUAUUAUGGGAGCAUUACUUAGAAGUACUACGGAUUCAGUGGAUCGGGGGAGGCGGGGGGAAGGGUUUGUCCCCACUCAGAAGUCUCCUGAAUUAUUAUGCUAUACUGAAUGGUUAACUCAUUGGUAUGACUAUAACGCCGAAAUCAUUUGAAGUCAAUUUCUACUCUAAGUUCCCAGAGUUCCUUGUUGGUACCAUUACUUUGAAACUAAUCGACGAUUGUGUUUUUUUAUAGACUCAAUUUCACUCCAAAUAAAAAUGAGGUUCGAUUGUCGAGAAGGGAUUCAUACACGCCUGAUCCGCAACUAGAGCAGGAAGUACAAGAGAUACUGUCACAUCAAGAAGAAGAAGAGCAAAGACUUGAAAAGAUCGUUGAAGAAGUCAAUGGACACAAUAAUCUCUUAGCUACGUCACCUACCGAAUAUCAUCUUAAGGAUAUAAAACCGAGGAGAUCUCGACAGUUUCGGAGUUCCGUGCACAUCAAAGUUAAGGCAGGGGAAGAGAAAACGAGAGAGAGAGCCGCCAGAACAAGGGCCGACGAGACAUAG